CCACUUCUGACCGCAUCCGUUGUCGACCGAUGGCCGAAUCAAAAUGGCCUAUAACGCAACUUGCAGCGCAUGAAUUCGUCAACUGCGCUGGUUCGAUUUUAUUUCGACCACCAACCAACGACAGUCCACUGCAAGUUUGCCUUCUGCAUCACCUCACAAAGGGCGAAUGGCUACUCCCCAAGGGCAGGCAGGACCAGGGUGAAUCCCUCGCUCAGGCAGCGAUCCGUGAGACGUACGAGGAAACGAGUUAUGCGUGCGAGCUUCUCCCCGUGGAUAUGAUGACACGCUCGCCGUCUUCAGGUGCCGACAUGAAGGACCACCCUCAUUUCGUACGCGCCUGCACCGAGCCUUUCACAGUGUCAAUUCGCCAUGUUGCCGAACGCGAUUUAAAAUUCAUUUGGUGGUUCAUUUCGCGCACAACGGGAAGCGAUGCGGGAAAGCGUACCGGCACUCAGAUGCUUAGCGAAAACUUCGAAUCGAGGUUUUGGCCAGUGGAUGUAGACGUGGAAAACCAGGAGGAACUAGACAAGGUUGCGGAAAAGCUGUCGUAUGCCAACGAUAGACAGAUUGUGAAAAUGGCCAUCAAGUUGGUAUUUGCAACGUAUCCAGAGUGGUUCUCUAAGAGGAAAAUUGGAUAAGCCACUAUCCUUUCCUGUUUACUGCUGGCGUGUUUAGAUUACUGUGUUCAUACUGGACGAUACAUAUAUACAUUUCUUUUUUUGCACCUCACCAAGUGGAUUCAAGCGAUCACCGGAAAUCACGCGAAUACCGUGUCAGCAAAUCAAUGUGUUAUACUGCUCAGAGAAUUUGAUCCUCGGAGCCAUCUGGC